AUGACUGAGAGAGGGGGACAAGACGAUGCAUCUGACUGGAAUCUGGCCCCCGUGGACCCCUCUGUGGCCCGCAAGCAUGGAGGGCUGCCGCCGCCGCCGCCGUACUGUACAGCCAAGGCAUCCUUUGCUGUUGCCGCUAGCGGGUACCUUUGCAAAACAAAGCACGUGGACCAGUCCUGCCUUCAAAUGGACCCGUGCUCAGUUAUCCGUCUCCAAGAGCCAAUGCACACUUGCUGUUGA